AUGUUCCGCCAUCUCAUGUCCGCCAAGGUGCGCUCCAACGCCGGCUGCUGGACCUGUCGCCUGCGCCGCAAAAAGUGCGACGAGAAGAGGCCCGUCUGCGACGGCUGCGGCGCCCUCGAGAUCACCUGCCACUAUGAGGACGAGAAGCCCGACUGGAUGGACGGCGGGCCCAAGCAAAAGGCCAUGGCCGAGAAGAUCAAGGCCCAGGUCAAGAAGCAGGCCAGCCAGCGCCGCGACCGCAAGUACAUGGAGAUGCUUGAGGCCGGCACGCGCAACGUCACCCUCCAGAACGGCGAGCACGAUGUCGCCAUGUCUGCUGCUUCUGAUACGGAUCCUCCUUCUGGCCACGAUGUGGGCUCGACUCCGGCUUCCAGCAACACCAGUGGCGCGUCGCCUCCUGAUAUGCCCUGGCACAGUCACUUCUCGGUUCGCACAGAGGACCACUCCAACGCUACCGGAGCAAGCACUGAAGUUCACUUUAUCAUGAUCUACCUCGACUAUGUCUUUCCCCAUCUCUUCCCCUUCUAUCGUCCACCAAUUCUUGCCGGUGGUCGAGGCUGGGUCCUCGACGUUCUGCAGAGCAACAAGUCUGUUUGGCACACAGCCAUCUCGCUCACAUCCUACUUCUUCAGCAUCGUCCUGACCAACGGCGAAAAGCAGCACGAGGAGUGUACCAACCGAAUGGUUCACCAGUUGCAGUCCCAGCUCGAGAUGGGCCUUCGGGAACUGCAGCGUGAGAUGAGCGCCGUCAACCACACAUCAUCUGCCGCCGGUGUCCGUGACAAGCUCCUGGUCCUCCAGGCCAUCCUGCAGAUGCUCAUCUUUGAAGUGUCCACCAGCAACAAGGACCAUUGGAGGAUGCACCUCGACGCCGCUCUCACAAUGUUCCAGCAGAUCCUGCCUCAGCCCGAGCAAUGGGGUGAGACCAUCGAGGCCCUAUACAGCUAUCGUUGGCCACCGCCUGAGAUGGGAAUACGCAGACCCUUCAGUACCAGCCAAGCUGCCCUUCGUUUCUUCACAGCCAACAUCCUCUACAUCGACGUCAUGUCCAGCAUCACACUUGAGCAGGCACCACGUCUACAAAAGUACCAGGCCCAGGUCAUUCCCGGCUGCAGAGCUCACACUUCACCGGAAGAGAUGCGUAUCUCUGGUUCGCUCUUUAUGGAGGAGUACAUUGGUCUUCAGAACUGGGUCGUCCAGAUGAUCGGCGACAUUGCCGCCCUGGAUGCUUGGAAGAAGGAGCAGAGGAAAGCAAACUCUCUGUCAAUGACUGAGCUUGUCCAGCGUGGUAAAGUCAUGGAGGAUGCCAUCAAGGGUGGUCUCAGUGUCCUCGAGGCUCAGUUCGCAUCUUGCAGUCCCACUAUCGAUCCUAUCCUAAACAGGGUGGUGGCCGAGCCUGUGCCUCUAUCCCAGAUGCCCGACUCCAAGGCCAAGGAGGCCCCUGGCCUCGCCACCAACAACAUCAUCUGGCUGCAAGCCGCGCAUACAUACCUCCACGUCGUCAUCUCUGGCUGGCAACCCUCUUGCCCAGAGAUCCGAUGCUCCGUCUCCCGCAUGACUUCUCUCCUGAUGGACCUCCCCACAAACACCUGCCUGAGAACCCUAGUCUGGCCAUUCUGCAUUGCGGGUUGUCUCUCACCGCCUGAGGACGAGGACAAGUACCGUGCAAUGAUAGAGCGCAUGGGGCCCCUGAAUGUGUUUGGCACGGCCAGGGAGGCGCUCGAGGUCAUGGAAAAGGUUUGGGCUCAACGAGAUCAGAUUGACGAGAGUUGGGACGUGGCCAAAUGCCUUCGGAUUUUGGGACAUGGAGUUUUGCUGAUUUGA